GCUGUUAACCAGGGCUGAACCCUACAUUAUUACAAUGUCUGGCUCGGCCUUUGUGUGGAUGUAUUCAGUGCCAUUUUAUCAGAGUAAGGAGCUUCCCUUUGUCAGCAUGAUUUAAAUGUUCCUUGUUACUUACAGUUCAGUGCAAGUCAAAACACCUUUUCUUUUAAUUAAUUAAAACUGCAUUUUUAUAUGUUUUUCUUUUCUUUCCCCCUUUGUGUAGAUAUGGCUGCUGCAAACUAUCUGCCAUCUGAAGAUCAGUUUCUGUGCUCCAUCUGUCUGGAUGUGUUCACUGAUCCUGUCUCCACACCAUGUGGUCACAACUUCUGCAAAACCUGCAUCACUGAACACUGGGAUAAUAAUGACCAGUACCUGUGUCCGCUGUAUAAAAAGGUUUUCAACACAAAACCUGAGCUGCACGUCAACACUUUGCUUUCUGAGAUGGUCGCUCAGUUCAGACAGUCAGCUCAACAGAAAGCCAGCAGCAGCAGCUCAGAGCAACAAGAGUCCAGACCAGGAGAAGUUCCCUGUGACGUCUGCACUGGAACCAAACUGAAGGCAGAGCUGGGGAAGACGGAGGCUGAAAUCCAGCAGAUGAUCCAGAAGAGACGACUGAAGGUUCAGGAGAUCAAACACUCAGUGGAGCUCAGUGAUGAAGCUGCAGACAGAGAGCUAGCAGAAGGUGUUCAGGUCUUCACUUCUCUGAUGGAGUCUGUUGAGAGAGGCCUGAAUGAGCUCAUCAACACCAUCAAAGAGAAGCAGAAAACUACAGAAAAACAGGCCGAAGAAUUCAUCACAGAGCUGGAACAGGAAAUCUCUGAGCUGAUGAAGAGAAGCACU